AUGGCUAGAUUCACCAUCAUCCAGGCACUGGCGGCCGCAGUCGCGGUUGCCGGGAGCGCUGCUGCGCUGGGCCCUCGCCAUGGCGGACAACACAUGUGCGCCCGUGACAAGUGUCUCAACGGGGUUUCUCGAGGUCCCCUGAGUCUGAAGGGAGAUCGCGCAGCAUCGGUGGCCAGCAAAGACUGUGCUUGGUUUCUCGACGUGACGGUGACGCCGUGUCCCGUGACCAUCACGGCCACAGUGACUGCUCUGCAGACGCCGGGCACUGUGACGGACGUUGUGACGCUGGUGGCGACCGAGACCGAGUUCCUUACGGAUGUCGUGACGGAGGUGACCACCACCACACCCGUGACGACCGAGAUCACCAGCGAGACGUCGGUGUCGACAGUGACCGAGUUGUCGUCCUCGACCGAGACCAUCGUCUCUGUCUCGACCACGACGACGACCACGUCCACGACCACCGUGAGCAGCGUGCCCCUGAAGCGUGCCGUGCCCACCAGUGCCGGGAGAGCAAACUGCCCGGCGUCGUCGACCAAGCCCGUAACGAGCAUCCCCUGCUACGCGCCCUGUGGGAAAACGGCCGCCGCAUACUCGUCGGCGUGCAGCUGCCUGGGUGUCAAGGGCACGACCACGACGCUGCCCGCCUCCACCGUCAAGGUGACCGUCACGGCGACGGCGUCAGUCCCGGCCGUCACGGCGACACAAACCACCAGCCAGACCACGCUCGACGAGUCGGUGACGACGACGACGACGCAGCUCACCCUCACCGCCGCCACACCUUCCACGACCACGACAACAACCACGCUCCCCAGCACCACCACAACCACCACCACCCUCGUCCAGACCACCUUCACCCAGACAACCACCACCACCACCAUCACCGCCCUCACCGUCCUCCCCACCUCCUGCAACCUGCGCCUCCAGGUCGCCAGCGGCGGCACCUACACCGGUCAGUACGCCACAAACUACCGCGACGCUCGCAACCCCCUCGCUCUCACGCCCGACCAGGGCGACGCCGCCGUCCUCCACCAGGAAUACGCCACCGGCUACCUCCGCGACGGCGACAGCAACAUCGGCUCCACGAGGGGCACCCUCCCCGCCAACAUCUUCUUCGGGCCCCUCUCCGACACCUCCCUCUCGCCCCUCGUCUGCCAGCGCGGCGCCGCGCUCAGCUGCCGCAACGACGUCGGCGGCAUCGUCUUCAUGGUCUGCCCCAACGAGGACAGCCAGCUGCGCUUCGGAGCCGAGGUCUCGCCCAACUGCCAGGAGAUCAGCUUCGUCAAGGUCUGUGUCUAA